AUGACGACGCAGCAAAACUACAAGCACCCCAACCUCAAGGAGCAGUGGGGUCUCUCGGAGGACCCCAAUGGCAGCGACCACGUCGUCACCUCCAAGGGACACCGACUGACGCGCACCAUGACUGCCGGUGGCCACGAGGUGGACUCUUCCCAGCCCGGUUUCCCCAUCUACCACCGUCGCAUUGCGAACCCGUUCCCUCUGGUGACCAUUGCUACGGGCGCGUAUCUGCUGAUGCUGGGUUUGAUUCUGGUUGGACACCGCGGUAUUCGCAACCCAGCGAUCCUCAUGGCGCUGGGUUUGCCCUUGGGUAUGGUGGGCAACUUUGCCGCGUGCAUGUUCUCCUUUGCUGAGGGCUCUACGUUCCUUGCCACUACGGCCGGCACUUUGGCUGGUCUGAUCGGCGGUUCCUCGCUGCUCUUCCUGCCCUGGACCGGCAUCCAGGCGACCUACAUCCUCGGCGGCACUAGCCAGGCUGCCGGUCUCGAGGAGUACUACAAAGCCGCCGCCAUGGUCUACUUCAUCUCGCUCAUCCCCAUCUUCCUCAUCUUCCUCGCAUCGAUGCGAACCUCGGGCCCCACCUCGGGCGCGGCGCUGAUGAUCGUCAUCGCCCUCGGCUGCCUCGGCGGCGGCUACAUCAAGGGCGAGGCCAACCAGACCAUCCUCAAGGCUGCCGGCGCCUUCUUUAUCGCUACCGGCGUCUCGCUCUUCUACGCUGCCACCUCGGUCAUGCUCGCCGAGGAGGGACUCAAGAUCCUCCCCGUCUUCCCCCUGCCCAGGAUCGAGUAA